GUCGUUUCUUGUGAAGACGACUUUUCUGUCCAGAAUUUCGGAUUUAUAUUUUGAGUAAUUCUAGCUCCUAAGUUCACCUAGACUCCGUCCUUAAUCCUAACAAGUGGUAUCAGAGCCAUAUUAAGGACAUUGAGAGGAGUCUACAGAAGUGUGAAGACCCUUCUAGACCCACCAUGGCCUGUGGGUGUGCCUAAGUGGUGUUCUAAAGGGGGAGUACCAGAAUGGAGGGCACCUGCUGGUACUGCAAGAAGGUCGGGCAUCCUUGGUUCAAGUGCUUCAGCAGGCCGGAGGGAUGGGCACCUCCAGGCAUGAAGCCGCCCAGUGGUGAACGCGCACAAGGUGGUGCUGUGCAAGGCUCAGGUGCACAAGGUGAAGGUGCACAAGGUAAUGCCUAUCCUGGGAUGUUUCUUAUGGUUGAGGAUGUGCAUGGGCAUGAGGGUGAUGUGGGAUCUGUGGGAAAGAUUUGCUUGAUGAGGUAAAACCCCCUGGGAAGAUCAAGUAUGUGGCAGCAGCGUCAGGUGCUUUGCUCCCCGUGAUUGGUGUUGGGAAUGCCAAGGUUAA